GGAGUCAAGGUCUUGGUUAUCUAAUCUAAUGACUUUUAAAGGAGUUUAUCGACUGUUCAGAAAGACUGUUCAGUUUCAAAAAAGGAUACAACUGAUGUCCACUAAGUCUGACCACCUCCAGAGAACAGCUGAGAAUUCCAGGGAUCAGGUUGUGUCCAUAGCCACAGUUAUAGGAAUGCGUAAUGAGUCCACCACAGUCAAAGGCCUGACUCUGAAAGUACAUGAAAGAUCCUUAUCCUUCAAGGCAGGACAGUGGGUAGACACGUUCCUGCCGGGUUUGGAGAAAGUUGGAGGCUUCUCAAUGAGUUCAUCACCAGGAACUCUUCAAAGGGAGGGAACUCUUGACCUAGCAGUCAAGUACAGUGAUCAUCCUCCAGCAAAGUGGAUCCACGAAAAGUGUAAAGUUGGCACAGAGCUUCAGAUCCGAGUCGGUGGUGAUGUCUACUUUGAUCCUGACCCAGACAAACCUUCUCCUGACCUUCUACUAAUAGCGGGGGGCAUCGGAAUCAAUCCUAUACACAGCAUCCUAUGUCAUGUGACUGAUCUUCUAGAAUCCCAUUGGACAAACUCCCCUAAACUUGUGUCUCUACUCUACAGUGCAUCAUCCAUGGAUGAACUUAUUUUUCAUGAGGACAUAAAAAGAUUGUGUGUAAAGAACCCAGGGAUCCUGUCUUAUAGGAGCUUUAUAACCAAAGACAAGUCUGAGCUGAGCAGUGAAAUUCAAGGUCAUAGAAUCUGCCGUGAAGACAUCCAGUCUCAGGUAGAGAAGAUGAAGUCACAUGACCUUAUAGUGUUUAUAUGUGGGCCACCUCCCAUGAUACACGACAUGGAAAAUAUACUGGAGUCUGUCGGAGUGCCCAGACAGAGGAUACAAUACGAAAAAUGGUGGUACAUGUGGAAGGCAUCAGCUGGACACAAUGUAAAGGCAGGAAAUCCCCCGACUAAUGAUGAAGACGACGACUGGGAGACCGAGGCAGAUUUUGUGAAUGAUGUGAGUGAACAGGAACAGAGAUGGGGAGCCAAGACGAUCGAGGGGUCGGGUCACCAGGGGUCGCUCAGCCUGUCCCAGCUCCGACAGGACGUGUCCCAGGACGAUAAAACCGUCAAACAGAAACAGAUGGAGGAGGGGCCUAAAGCUUCCUAUGGUUACGGGGGCAAGUUUGGAGUGCAGAAAGACAGAAUGGACAAGUCGGCUAUGGGAGCGGACUACGUGGCAGAAGUAGGAAAACACAGCAGUCAGACGGAUGCUUCCCGGGGAUUCGGGGGGAAGUUUGGUGUGCAGAAAGACAGGCAGGAUAAGGCAGCAGUUGGGUUUGAUUAUGCUGGUAAAACAGAUAAACAUCAAUCUCAAACAGAUUAUUCUACGGGUUUUGGAGGGAAAUAUGGAGUUCAAUCUGAUCGUAAAGAUAAGUCAGCGGUCGGAUGGGAGCAUCAGGAAAAAGUCGAAAAACAUCAAUCACAACAAGAUUACUCUAAGGGGUUUGGAGGUAAAUACGGUGUACAGAAGGAUCGACAGGAUAAAGCUGCCGUUGGAUGGGAGCACCAUGAACAAGUCGACAAGCACGAGUCACAAAAAGAUUAUUCCAAAGGUUUUGGUGGGAAGUUUGGAGUUCAGAAAGACAGACAGGAUAAAUCAGCGGUAGGCUGGGAGCACCACGAACAAGUAGACAAACACGAGUCACAAAAAGACUACUCCCGGGGUUUUGGUGGUAAGUACGGAGUACAGACAGACAGACAGGACAAGUCAGCAGUGGGGUACAGCAGUCACGAAAAGGUCCCCCUCCACCCCUCCCAGACAGAUAUGAGUAAAGGCUUCGGGGGAAAGUUUGGGGUGGAUUCAGAAAACAAAGACAAGUCUGCGGGGUCAUACAAUGAUAUGCAGGGAGUGUCAUCAUCCUACACCAGGACACAGGCCGAUUCAAGUUCAGAGGGAGCUAAAAACAUCAAAGCUCGCUUUGAGAACAUGGCCAAGUCAGGAGAAGAGGAGGCGAAGAAGAGGGCAGAGGAGGAGAGGAAGAGGCGAGAGGCCCGCGAGGAGAGGGAACGAGAGGAGCAGAGGAGGCAGCAGGAGGAGAGGUUAAAUAAAGAGAGGUGGGAGGAAGAACAGAGAGCAGCCAGUCAACCAGAACCUGAACCCGAACCCGAGCCAGAACCACAACAGGAGGAAUACGGAGACGUGUCUUAUCAACAAGUACACAAAGAGGUAAAAUCUAAAACAGUUUUAAAAAUUUAUAUCAUGCAAUAA